AUGAAGUAUGUAAAAGGUAGUAUUAAGUUAGGAUUAGAAUAUAAAAGGAAAAGAGAAAUAAACAAAUUAGAUGUAUCCUGUGAUGCGGAUUACGCGGGCGAUAUAGAGACGCGAAAGAGUACUACCGGAUACGUUAUAUUUUUCGAAGGAGCUCCGAUUAGCUGGUGUUCUCGUAAACAGCCGAUAGUAGCUUUGUCAAGCACGGAAGCUGAAUUCAUUGCCGCAGCCGAAUGCUGCAAAGAAACUCUUUACUUAAAGAAUCUGAUCAAAGAAAUCUGUAAGCAUAAAAUAAAUAAUCUGAGAGAAUUACUUUCUCAAACAAGUACUGGUAAAAAAAUACUGUCACAAACGCGGUUAACACCAUCAGAUCGUAAUAAAAUUUGUCAUAUGAUUAUUGACAAACUUCUUUGUAAAUCUACUAACAAUAAAAUAACUACGGAGCAAUUUUGUGAGUGGGCUGAAGUGAUAGUUACCGUUUUUAAAUACGAAAAAGUAUCAACAUAUUAUCUUCCUUGUAACACAAAGUUGAAACGUCUUGCUAGUGGUAAACUUUGGGACAAAUACAAUAAUCUAAAAAAAUACAUUAAAAAAUACGAAAAAAAGGUCGAAGAAAAGGACAUUGAAUUAAAUCCUGAAUUGAAUCCUGAUCAUAAAGAGGCAUUGCUUAAAUUACGUGUAAUUCAACCGAAUGAUCCAAAUCUUGAAAAUCUUUGGAAAGAAACGUCUAAGGCAAGAAACAGGGGGAUUUCAAUUGCUGAUUAUUAUGACAAAUAUCCUAUCUUGAAAACUUCGAUUGGUAGCGUGCUGUUACAGGCUGAUUUUGAGCUGAUAGAAACACAAAUUGAGGCACAUUUUUUUGUACAAAAGUGGACCGAAAUUGCCCCAUAUAUAUUACAACUCGCCGAAAAAAAAGAAGCUCAUCAUUGUGUGAACUGA